CACGCACGCACCCACACACGCCGCCACCCACACGCGGUCACGCUCCCUCACACGCACACGCCGCCGGCGCGGCUCCGGAGCGCGGCGGAGAGAGGCGGCCGCGCCGGGUCACCUUCCCGGCCUCUGGCAGCGGGAAGGGCGCCCUCGCCGCCAUCCGCCGCUUCGGGCCGGCCCGGCCCCGGGUGAGCGGAUGCCCCGGGCCGGCGCGGGCAUGAGCUGCGCAGAGGGGAGCGUCGUCCUCCCUCCCGGGGAGCCGCAGCCGGACCGCGCCGCCCCGCUGGAGCUGCCGGCCGCAGCGGGGGACGAGAGCGGGGACAGCCCGGAGGAGGGAGACAGCGGCGGCCCCAGCGCUGGCGAGGGCCGGAGGGGCGGCUCGGAGAGCGGCCGCGCCGAGGCGGGGGCCGCCGGCGGCGACAAACCCGAGACCCGCUCGGUGUGCAGCAGCGAGAGCGGCAGCGGCAGCCACCCCGGCGGGGCCGGCCCCAUCUGCAAGAUCUGCUUCCAGGGCCCCGAGCAGGGUGAAUUGUUAAAUCCGUGCCGCUGUGACGGGUCAGUGCGAUACACGCAUCAGCUUUGCCUGUUAAAGUGGAUAAGUGAAAGAGGGUCAUGGACCUGUGAACUCUGCUGUUACAGAUAUCAUGUUAUAGCAAUUAAAAUGAAAAAGCCUUGCCAGUGGCAAAGCAUUACUAUAACACUGGUUGAGAAAGUGCAGAUGGUUGCUGUAAUCCUAGGAUCUCUGUUCUUAGUAGCAAGUGUGACUUGGCUUCUAUGGUCAGCCUUCAGCCCUUAUGCAGUAUGGCAAAGAAAGGACAUCCUUUUUCAAAUCUGCUAUGGAAUGUAUGGUUUUAUGGAUCUAGUAUGCAUAGGAUUGAUAGUACAUGAAGGUGCAUCUGUUUAUCGAGUGUUUAAGCGCUGGAGGGCUGUGAAUCUACACUGGGAUGUAUUAAAUUACGAUAAAGCCACAGACAUAGAAGAGAGCAGUCGAGGAGAAUCCUCAGCAGGAAGGACAUUGUGGUUACCACUGACUGCAUUUAGAAACAGAAGUUUAGUUCAUCCAACACAGUUAACUUCACCAAGAUUUCAGUGUGGCUACGUAUUGUUACAUCUGUUCAACCGCAUGAGACCUCAGGAAGAUUCAUCAGAGGAUAACGGCUCUGGGGAAGUAGUGAUGAGAGUGACCUCAGUGUAAAGAUUAUGCUCACUGUGCUACACAGAUAAGGAUAAUGUGCCCUGAUGUUACAGGACUUUGGAAUGUAGUUACAAUGAAUGGUGAAACCAUUAACACUUGAAAAAACAUAUACACAUUUUUCUAAAAUUUAAUGCUUUUUAUAUGAUCAACUUAAACACAAAUACAUUUUUCUGGAAAAAAAAAAAGUCUCUUGGUUUUUAUAUAGUCGGGUUUAUUAGAUCUUUUGUUGAUUUGUACCUGAUGUGUAUGCAGUAUAGUUUAACUCUU